AAACAGGUCAAAAUCCUAUGCAGACAAGCCAUUGUCCAAGUCCAUGGCCGCCAACAAAACCAACACCAACAACGUCAACAACAACAGCAUCUAGAUUCUAGAGUUCAUACAUCAACAUCUGAACAAUUAAUACCACAUUUUACCACCAACCAAACUUCCCUCCCUCCUUUUUCUUUCACAGAAUCAACCAAGCAUUCAAAUACAACCAAGUAGUACUACUAUGCUCUAUCAUGCUAUUGCUAUGCUCUAUUAGUAUUGAUUGAUUAUUCUCUUCUCUUCUCUUCUCAACCACCAUGGUUAUUCAUUAUUCGUUCAAUGAAAUGAAAAAUCCUUCUACCUCGGUUUCCGUGCACCAUUUCUACUUUUCAUAAAACCCCAUUUCCUCUCUCUCUUGCUCUCUUAUUCCAAGGACUCUCAGAUAACCAAAGCUGCAAUCUUUUCUUCAUUUGAGAUCUGGGUUUUGCUGGGUGGAGCUUGGUUUUUCAGGGUUCUGCUUAAAAAUGGGAAGCAAAUGGAAGAAAGCUAAGGUGGCUUUAGGUCUCAAUCUUUGCAUGUUUGUUCCCAGAACUCUAGACGACGAAUCGCCGCCGCCGUCCACGGUGGUUUCUGAGAGGUUGUCGGACGCUUCUCUGCUCUCUUCCCGGCAAACCACGCCGGUGCAGUCUUUCAACGGCUUGAAGCUGUCCAAAAGUAGCAGCAAAUCUUCCAAGCAAACCUGCUCAAUAUGCUUAAACAAAAUGAAGCAAGGAUCUGGCCAUGCUAUAUUCACUGCAGAAUGUUCACAUUCAUUCCAUUUCCACUGCAUUGCUUCAAAUGUGAAACAUGGAAACCAAAUAUGUCCAGUGUGCAGAGCAAAGUGGAAGGAAAUACCCUUAUCCGGCGCCAGUUUGGAUCCUAUCCAGGGAAGGGUUUCACCUAGUCCUAUAAAUUGGCCCCAAAAUGACGCUUUGAUGGCUGUGGUCCACCGCCUACCUUUACCCCAUCCUCGCCGAGAUUUGAAUAGGAGGCAUAUUGUGCCACUUUAUCAAGCUUCUGAACCAGGUGUAUUCAAUGACGAUGAACCCUUGAAUCAUCAACCUCAACCUGCAUUACCUGAGAGAAGCACUUCAGGUAAGAGUACUGAAGAUACUGAUUCUGUUCGAGCAAUGGAGAUUAAAACGUACCCCGAAGUGUCAGCUACUCCACGGGCCAAAACUCACUCUAACUUCACAGUUUUGGUUCAUCUCAAAGCUACUGCUGCUGCAGCUGCCGAGAGACAAAACCUUAGUAGAAACCAGGCUAGCUUGACACAGAUUUCUCAGACACCGCGUGCCCCUGUUGACUUGGUCACUGUGCUUGAUGUCAGUGGUAGCAUGAGUGGAACUAAGCUUGCGCUAUUGAAAAGAGCCAUGGGGUUUGUUAUACAGAAUCUAGGCUCUAACGACAGGCUCUCUGUUAUUGCUUUCUCUUCCACGGCUCGCCGCCUCUUUCCACUAUCUAGGAUGACCGAUUCUGGACGGCAACUGGCAUUACAAGCUGUGAAUUCCUUGGUUGCUAAUGGGGGUACCAAUAUUGCUGAAGGGCUGAGAAAAGGCACUAAGAUAGUAGAAGACCGAAAAGAAAAGAAUCCAGUUGCCAGUAUCAUACUGUUGUCUGAUGGGCAGGAUAAUUACACUGUCAGUGGCUCCGGAACUGACCAACCUCAACCGAACUACCAUUUGCUUGUGCCUAAUUCAAUCAGUGGCCGUGAUAAUUCAGGAUUUCAAAUUCCGGUGCAUGCUUUCGGAUUUGGUGCUGAUCAUGAUGCUUCAUCAAUGCACUCAAUUUCAGAGAUCUCCGGUGGCACAUUUUCUUUCAUCGAGACUGAAGCUGUGUUGCAGGAUGCAUUUGCACAAUGCAUUGGAGGACUUCUGAGUGUUGUUGUCCAGGAGCUACAAGUGGGAAUUGAGUGUGUACACCCAAGCCUCGGUCUUGUCUCACUUAAAGCAGGAAGUUACCCGAGCCGGUUGGUAGCUGAUGGCCGCAAAGGGUUUAUUGAUGUUGGAGACUUGUAUGCUGAUGAAGAGAGGGAUUUUCUUGUUUCUGUUAAUGUCCCUGCUACUUCAGGCAAUGAAACAUCAUUGAUAAAGGUCACGUGUGCUUACAAGGAUCCCUUGACUCAAGAAAUAGCAGUGUUAGAAAGUGAAGAAGUGAAGAUUGAGAGGCCUGAAAUAGCUGGACAGGUUGUGAUGUCACUUGAAGUGGACAGACAGCGCAACCGGCUCCAAGCAGCUGAGGCAAUGGCCCAGGCACGUGUUGCAGCUGAACAGGGAGACCUAACAGGAGCAGUGUCAAUCCUUGAAAACUGUCGGAAGACGCUUUCUGAGACCGUAUCGGCCAAAUCUCAUGACCGUCUUUGCAUGGCGUUGGAUGCUGAACUAAAGGAAAUGCAGGAACGAAUGGUGAGUAGGCAUGUGUAUGAAGCAUCUGGAAGAGCAUACAUACUUUCCGGAUUGAGCUCACACUCAUGGCAACGAGCAACUGCAAGAGGCGAUUCCACGGAUCAGUCGAGCCUUGUUCAGGCUUAUCAGACCCCAUCAAUGGUUGAGAUGCUUACUCGAUCUCAGGCCAUGCUACUAGGUAGUCCAUCAGGUCAGAGGUUUCUCCAGCCACUGUUGUCAUUGAGAUCACAACCAAGCCCAAGGUAGUCCAACAGGGAUUUUGUGAAAAUCAUCUUCAAAUUAACAAUUGCAAGUGAUUUUCUCUUUUUGGCUAAAGGGGAGGGGGGGUGUUGAACAGGAGAUAAAUGGAGAUUUCAUUGAGCUGUGAUUUUGUUGUCUAAUAUAUUAUGUAUAAAUGAAAUAAGAGUUGAGGAAAGGGUGGAGGGUUUACUUACAACCAAUGGAGAAAAGGGCAGUAGAUAGGAUGUUACUACAUUAUGUUUCUUCUGUUUUUGCGGGGUUGAAGGUUUUCUUUUGUUUCCUCUGAUGAUGUUUUUGGGGGGUGGUGUACAUACAGAAGAAAUGCCUUUUCUUAUUAAAUUCGGGGGACAUCUGGGUAUAAAGUUUGUAACUGUGAAAAUGGUUGGGAUGAUCUGAUCAAUCAAUAUAAAUAUGGGUUUUCAAUUCUUUCAGAA